AUUUAAUGUCAGUGUAAAAGUAAGUGAGCAUGAGAAUUUGUAUGCUCUCGUCUGAUAUUAACUUGUUCAUCUUGUUGGCUGAGAUUAAAAACAAUAUGUAUCAAAGUUGUUGUUGUUAGUUAGAUUUUGGAUAACUUAUGCUUGUUUAUUUGAGUUCCCCCCGAGAUGCAGACUUCUAUCUCGAGCGUGAGCUCUUCCUCAUCGUCGCCGAACUUGGCCGAUCGCGAGGAUGUCGAUAUGGGCACGCGUGACCAUCUCAUACAACCUUACGAAGAAGAAAGACGUGCAUCAUGUAGAUGAGAUAAAGAUGGACUCAACAACAAUAAACUGGUAUGUUGUAGUAAAACUUCAGAAACUGAAACUAGAACUAGUGCGUAACUACGUAUUAACGGUAAAAAUUACUUACGCAGCAGCUACUAGUACUAGGUGACGACUACGUAAAUCCACUGUUGGAUCAUAUGAAAUCUUGGCCUAGUCUGGAGCACCUUUCUAUUUGUUUACCUCGACAGUGUCGAGAUAAGUGUAAGUGAGACUAGUCUCUACGCGACUGGUGAAUAUCCAUUUUGUGCUUGUUCAUCAUGUUUCUGAUUGUUUAACUACCCAUACAACCGACAUUGACAUGGUAGUCUUGGAGCAGGAAUCUUUACCAAACGAAUGAUCCGUUCUUGCAGUUCUAUUUGCUUGAUGUUGAUACUUCCUGUUUCUUCUCAGGUCGUCUUCCUCCUCAUUUAGAUAUGCUGCAACAACCUCUAAAUCCUAGGAACUUCCGCGUCCUCAAGUUCAUCCAUGCCGAUGAGUAUGCUGCACAUCUCCGGUUCUGGUGCUUCAUCUUCUCAUGCGCCCCCUAACUUUGGAGGUGCGCCGCCUAACUUCGGACAUUCUCAUCAAGGUCUUUCAGGAACUGGCACCUGUCUUGGUGGAGCAGCUACGUCGUCUAGCAUGACGACGAUGACGGCGAACAAUAUUUCGACUACAACUACUACGAAUAACAACAUGAAUGCCAAUUAUGGUAACAACACUUGCAGCGUGAAUACAACAACAAAUACAGCGACCUCUAGUGCCACAGGAGGUGGGCUUGCAGCUGCGGGUUCAACAGCAACUACAGGAGGUGCUACGUCUAGUAUGGUCCAACAACCUGGCUCUUUGACAGCGAAAGAAUGGAUGGUUAUGGCGCGCAACAGCCGACUUCUGAACAGUCGCAACAUGCGGAAAUAUAUGCGGCAUAGAAAAAGGGUGUGGCGGAUCCCGGCGGCGCUUGCGG